CACCUCGCACUAUAUAAAGGGCGUGAUGCAACGUAUGUACGAUAUCUGUAAGUUUUCUGUCAAACUAAAUAGGCUCAUAAGCUGGAAGAGAAGAAAAAUAUUAUAUCGGACAACGGUUUCUUGACUUAGAGAGAGACAAAAAGAAAGUACUAUGAUGCUUCAACACCCUGGCCUGGGUCCCUCCGAGAUCAGUGCUUCUGCUCUGGUACCUUGUUUGUCCCCUCCGGUGUCAUUCGGCUUUGAAGAAUUCACAAAUUUUACCCCUUUGGUAAAGGAAGAGCUGAGGUUUGCAAUCCAUAACAAGCGUCUAGCAAACAGAAUGAACCCAACAAUGGAGUGCAUGACCAUGAACACUGAGCGACCCACAGAACAUCCAUGUGUAAAGAAAGAGAUUGCCCCUGAAGAAAGCGAAAAGAGAAAACGACGAAGGGAAAGAAACAAAAUAGCUGCCGCCAAAUGCAGAAACAAAAAGAAGGAGAGGACAGACAUCUUACAGAAAGAAUCAGAAAAACUGGAAUCCAUCAACGCUGGCCUGAAAUCCCAAAUCGAGGAGCUAAAGUCAGAGAAGCAACAGCUGGUCUACAUGCUAAACCUGCAUCGACCGACCUGCAUUGUCCGAGCUCAGAUCGGAAGGACCCCAGAGGAUGAGAGGAACCUCUUCAUUCAACAGAUCGCUGAGGGAACGCUACAGGGCUAGAAAAUCCAUAUUCAAAAAGACUAAAACACAACUUAUUGUCUGUCUUCAUCUGUGGACACCACUGUCUAAUGUCCUGAAGAUCUAGCGUCGUCUGCUGCAGUUAUUAUAUUAACCUACUGGCAAAGACAUUAGGAAUAAAAAUCUGCACUGUACACAAAAAAAGGAUCACUUUGGCCCAUUAGGGACUGCUGUAAACUGUAAACAUGGGUUGAUGUAUUGAACAGCCAGAGGCCUAAGUUAACUGAAGGUUGUAUUUUACUAUCUGGGGGAAAUAUAACAAACACCCUACUCUAAGUUUGUACUAAUCACUCGAUAUUAGAAAUCUGUAUCUUCAUGCUUGCCCUGCACCAGUAUCAAUUGGUGCUACUACUAAGGAAUGGAUAACCUAAAGUCUAUGGAUAGGUAACGUCUGUCUCUUCUGCAAGGAGGCAUGUUUAACUGUCCAAUAGCUUAAGAGUUGUGUUAUAUCAGCUGCUCAGCUGUUUUUUUAUGGUUGGAAACACAGGUUGACCUUGAUAUAAAAUUUGAAUCCUGAUUUAUUUUUUCAUACAACUUUAUUUAUGCCUAAUUGAGUUACUGUAGCUGGACGUGUCCCAUGGUCAAAACUAUUGCUUUCAAGUUUGCGUCGGGGUAGUACGGAUUCAUAAUCAACAGUUCCUAAAUGCAUGAUUGCACACAGUAUCUUUACAAUGUGAUUAUGCAUUUACACAAAUGAAUGGCAGAUUAUUGUGUGAUAUUUAUGGUAAUACCAAAAUCCAUUUUAGAUACACAUGCAAUAAAUGAGAAGCAAACUAUUAAAAUAAACACAGCUCCAGUCUUGGGGGGAGGGGGGCGGGGGGAUUGCAAUCAAUUUGAGUACUCGAAAGGGUAAAUCCUACGUGUUCUAAAAUAAAAUGAAAUGUUAAAUUGUGAUUCAAGAGAAGUAAAUUCUUUACAAUAAGGGUCAGUUAAGGUAGCAUAUAGUGACUGUUAUAAGAAUUAUUAAAGACGCAGGCGUCCUGCUUUUUAUUGGCUUCAUUUUAUUAUUGUUGCAUAGUAUAGUUAAUUUACGUAUCAGCAUGCUAGUCGUGACUAAGGUACUACUGAAUAUUUUAACAGAAAGGGAAGCUAAAUGGUUUGAGUCAAUUUCUUUAUAUGAUUACAUUGUGUUAAACCAUCGGUGGUAUUAUUCUGGGUUCAAGCUGUCUAAACUAUUUAAGAGUAAUAGGCUUAAGCACUUCAUGGACGUUAAAUUCAUGUCUACUGUAUUCAGGUAAAACCUAAGAUACUCUACAGAAAUGCAUUAAGGAGACAUUUCUAUACUGUGUAUGUGAAUUGUUUUUGAUACUUUAAUAAAAAAAAUACAUUGUUCAUUAA